AUGAAUUACAUUCACCAUCCUUAUCCUUAUACCGCCGUCCCAAUGGACCAGUCCAUGGCUUUUGACCCGACGACAAUGCCUCACCCAUCCAUGGUUCACCCCAUGGAUGGCUACCUCUAUCCUCACCCGCCGCCGUUCGAGAUGAUGGACUUCUACCACCAGCCGAUCAUGGACUACGAGGAAUACGCAGAGAACCUCUCCCGCCCUCGAUUGACAAAGGAACAGGUGGAGACCCUGGAGGCUCAAUUCCAGGCUCACCCUAAGCCUAGCAGCAACACCAAGCGUCAAUUGGCGGCUCAGACAAACCUGAGUCUGCCUCGAGUGGCUAAUUGGUUCCAAAAUCGACGGGCAAAGGCCAAGCAGCAAAAGCGACAGGAGGAAUUCGAGCGCAUGCAAAAGGCCAAGGCUGAAGCUGAGGAGGCUGCGCGGGCCAAGUCGGACCCCACGGAUCAGAAGGAAAGCGACAAGACCCCGACACAGGAGGCGGACAAGACCUCGACCCCCAAGCAAGAACUUUCAAAUGAAACUGCUUCAACUGAAUCCGUUUCUCCCACCACGACUCCCGCCACGACGCACAACGGCAGCAACAAGCACAACGGCCACGGAUACAAUGCACCGCUGGAAUGGGAAGCUCCCAAGGAUAAUUCGAUCGGGUGGGGCUCUCAGGAGUCAUAUGGCUCGCAACGCCAGCCAUUCCACGCACAAGAAGAAUGGAUGGGUCAUCGCACAUCUGAUACUGGGUCAUCAUACGAUGCCGCCAUGCAAUAUCCCUUACAGCCAGAGGGUUCGCUGACAAGGCGAACCUCGUCUGAUGAGCUUGCCCACCACCUGGAAGGCAUUGACAAAGCUGGCAAGGAACUCGACCUGGCUGCCCGGAGAAAGAGGCCAAGGCCCGCUGCGAUCGGAACCUCGAAAUCUCACUCCAUGCUGUCAGCAGCUGCAAACAUGUCGCCUAGCUCCCGGGUGCCAGGCUAUGGUGGUCCUCACGGUGUCAGACAAUCCAAGUCGGCCCAGUCUCUCAACUCGCGGUAUGCGGGAGUGCGGAAGGCGUCUGCUGCUCAGCGAUCGCCUCUCAACUUCUCGACAUUUGCUGAAGCUGGUUUGAACUCGUCCAAGGCAGACAUGGCGUCUAUGCUGCAGCCCACGGUCACUACCAACGCUCUGGCUCCUCCGACGCCAUUGACUCCGGAAGACAUGCAUCACUUGCUUCCGACAUCGCCUAGCGACAGCUACUGCCUGUCUGCGCAGCCAUCUGCCCAGUUCUUCCCGACCACGCAGCCCAUGCAGAUCAAUGUUGCAUCCCCCCCAGCUACGCCCAUGACCGUGGAUCUGAUGUCGUCGUAUCCGUAUCAAAAUGCUGCUCCUCCUAUGUCCGCUCCCGCCCACUACACGAGCUUCCCUGACUAUGCCACUUCGGCCCCUUGCGAAACUGGUCCUCUGACUGCCCGCAGCUGGAGUGACGCGCCUACCAUUCCCUCGCCCGAUCCUUCCUACCAGGUGCAGCCCGCGGAAGUCUCCCCGAUUUCUUACAAUGCAAGCGGACAUGCUGGCGACCAUGCAGCCAUGUCUCCUUCGAUGUCCUUGACUGGAGAGGAGAAGUUCAUGAUUCAGGAGUUCCCUGACCAGCAGGAGGCUCACCGAUUCGUUGCUCAGCAGCUUCCCUCGCAAGCACCGAAGCAAUACACUUUUACGAACAACCAAACGCCGAACGACUUUUGA